UACAAUCCGGGCAUCUCGGUUCUAUUCUGCUAAUCUUUUAUAUAAAAUCCCCCAACUGCGCUAAAAACGCCCUUUUUCUCGCUAUGCCGUUUAGAAUCUCGAAUUAAAACUCAGAUCGGGGGAGGUGCUAUGGCCCACAGAGUGGAUCACGAGUACGAUUACCUGUUCAAGAUCGUCCUCAUCGGCGACUCCGGCGUCGGGAAAUCCAACAUCUUGUCGAGAUUCACGAGGAACGAGUUCUGUCUGGAGUCCAAGUCGACGAUCGGGGUCGAGUUCGCUACCAGGACUCUUCAGAUAGAAGGGAAGACAAUCAAGGCUCAGAUAUGGGACACUGCAGGUCAAGAGAGGUACCGAGCCAUCACCAGCGCUUACUACAGAGGUGCAGUAGGAGCACUCUUAGUCUAUGACAUAACAAAGCGACAGACCUUUGAAAAUGUCAAUAGGUGGCUUCGUGAACUUAGAGACCAUGCAGACUCUAACAUUGUCAUUAUGUUGGCCGGUAACAAAUCUGACUUGAAUCAUCUAAGAGCAGUGUCUCCUGAGGAUGCUCAGAUACUUGCAGAGAAAGAGGGGCUCUCCUUUUUGGAGACCUCGGCAUUAGAAGCGCUCAAUGUCGAGAAUGCAUUUCACACAAUUCUCACUGAGAUUCACCACAUUAUAAGCAAGAAAGCACUUGCUGCUCAAGAGGCUGCAAGCUCUGCUCCUCCUAUUCAAGGGACAACCAUUAAUGUUUCUGAUUCUGCUGGUCCAAGAGGGGGUUGCUGUUCUACUUAGGUUGUUGAUUUUACAAAGGAAGAGAGAAACCAAACAAGGAAGAGAUCAACAUGUAGAUUAUUUUUGGUGUUUGUGGUUUUAGGUAGGUUGUUGUUUUACCGGCGAGAGAUCAAAUGAUAGACUACUUUUGUAGUGCAGAUGGUUUCUAGCUCUUCUUGUGUCCAAAGAGCAUUGAAGCAUUCUAAACACAGUAACUACUAGAUUUGUUUUCCCCUAUUUUGUAUGAAUUAUUAUUGCUAAUGUUGUAAUAACUUUUUUUGUUUACUGCAUACUUGAUACUAUAUUUUUGAAUAAAUGAUACUUGUGCCA